AUGUUGGGACACACUGGAGCUUUAACGGCAGGUUUUGGUGCUGGGUUCACGGCAGGUUUUGGUGCUGGGUUCACGGCAGGUUUUGGUGCUGGGUUCACGGCAGGUUUUGGUGCUGGGUUCACGGUGCGGGAGAAACGGCAGGUUUUGGUGCUGGGUUCACGGUGCGGGAGAAACGGCAGGUUUUGGUGCUGGGUUCACGGUGUGGGAGAAACGGCAGGUUUUCGACAUCCCGGUGUGGACCACGGCACCUGCACCUGCUGCUGUGUGUUUAACCUCUGA